AUGCCGUCCUCGGUCACAGGAACGAGAUAUUUCACCCGCCCCAAGUCUAUCGACGAGACAUUGAACCUUCCGGUCAACCAGAACAAGGCCGACAUGGCCCCGGCUCAAGAUGAGCGGUCGCUCCAGGCGGCCAGAGACGUCAAGGAUUCAUAUACCAAGCAAGAGCAGGAACCUCUGGCUACAACCAAGGAGACGACAAAGCAAGGCAUCACAUUUGCCGCGCAGGACAAGCUGCCGAAGCUGCCCAUUCCCGACCUCGAAUCGUCUCUGAAGAAAUACCUGGACGCCUUGGCUCCACUGCAGUCGCCCAACGAGCACAACGAGACCAAGGCGGCCGUCAAGGAGUUCUUGGAGCAUGACGGCCCAGAGCUGCAAGAACGCUUGAAGAAGUACGCCACCGGGAAGACAAGUUACAUCGAGCAAUUUUGGUAUGAUUCUUACCUCAACUACGACAACCCUGUGGUGCUGAACCUAAACCCUUUCUUUUUAUUGGAAGAUGAUCCGACACCAGCACGAAACAACCAGGUCACCCGAGCAGCCUCUCUGGUGGCAUCGGCACUAUGCUUUGUGCGAGCGGUCAGAAAGGAAGAGCUUCCCCCAGAUACAUUGAGGGGCACGCCGCUGUGCAUGUAUCAGUACUCGCGCUUGUUUGGCACUGCCCGAGUGCCGACCGAGAAUGGGUGUGUUAUCGGCCAGGAUUCAGAUUCCAAGCAUAUCGUGGUUGUCUGCCGCGGCCAGUUCUAUUGGUUCGACGUACUGGACGACAACAACGACGUGAUCAUGACGGAGAAAGAUCUUGCAAUCAACUUCCAGGUGAUAGUCGACGAUGCUGAACAGAUCCCCAUCCAGGAGGCAGGCAAAGGCGCCCUUGGGGUUCUGACUACGGAAAACCGCAAGAUCUGGUCAGGCCUCAGAGAUUUCUUGACCAGGGAAGAAAGCUCAAACAACGCCGAAUGUCUUUCCAUGGUCGACUCGGCCUUGUUUGUCGUCUGCCUUGACUAUACCGAGCCUGCGGAUGUCUCUCAACUCUGUGGUAACAUGUUAUGCGGUACAAGUGAAGUCGUCAGGGGCGUCCAAGUCGGCACCUGCACAAACCGAUGGUACGACAAGCUGCAAAUCAUCGUCUGCAAGAAUGGCAGUGCCGGGAUCAAUUUUGAACACACUGGCGUGGAUGGCCACACAGUCCUCCGCUUUGCGAGCGAUGUCUACACUGAUACCAUACUGAGAUUUGCAAAGUCCAUCAACGGACAGGCCCCGACACUGUGGACCAGCCAAAGUCCCGAUCCUUCAAAGCGAGACCCGGAGAGCUUUGGGGAUGUCAGUACCACUCCACACAAGCUGGAAUGGGACAUGACGCCAGAGCUGCAGAUUGCCCUACGGUUCGCGGAAACGCGUCUAGCUGAUCUGAUCAACCAAAACGAAUUUCAGACAUUGGACUUUGCAGGUUACGGCAAGAAUUUCAUCACGUCGAUGGGCUUCUCACCUGACGCGUUCGUGCAAAUGGCAUUCCAAGCUGCUUACUAUGGCUUGUACGGCCGGGUCGAGAAUACGUACGAGCCGGCCAUGACGAAGAUGUUCUUGCAUGGUCGAACUGAGGCCAUUCGGACGGUGACUGACGAAUGCCUCAACUUUGUCAAAACCUUCUGGGCAGACACAGCGCCGCAGAAGAAGGUGGACGCAUUGAAGGCUGCCACGCAGAAGCAUGUUGCAAUCACCAAAGAAUGCAGUAAGGGCCAAGGGCAGGACCGCCAUCUGUACGCGUUGUACUGUGUAUGGCAGCGCAAAGUCAACGACGAAGGAGCCGAGGCAGCCAGCACAACCGGCUUUAGUUCCAAUGGGUAUUCGAGUCCCACGGACAUGAGUGAUGUUGGUAGCCCCAAACGGCUGAGUAACGAGAUCUCGCCCAACGGUCGUUCUCGCGCUGGCACGGACGCCAGUGCCAGUCGCUCGCCUGGCCCUCAAUUCCAGCAGCACAUGCCGGCUCUUUUUGCCGAUCCUGGAUGGGAGAAGAUCAACAAUACCAUCUUGAGUACAUCCAACUGCGGAAACCCAUCUUUGCGACAUUUCGGGUUUGGUCCAGUCUCCGGCGACGGCUUCGGCAUUGGCUACAUCAUCAAGGAUGAUUCCAUCUCAGUCUGUGCCAGUAGCAAACAUCGGCAGACCAGACGCUUCGUAGACAGCCUGGAGUCAUAUCUGAACGAAAUCCGACGAUUGCUUAAGGCCACCAAACCCAGAGACAGCGCCGCUGGCAAGUCGACUCGAGCCAGAGAAGCCGAGGCGAAGGCUAGCAAAGAUGGACGACUCAAGUCUCGCGGCCGCAUCAUCAAGUCGGAGGGGCCCAAGCUCGAUGGAACUCAGACGCCUGCGAGCAUGGAUACAGCCGAAGUGGAGGAUGAUGGUUUGGGCGGAUACGGUUUCUUCGACGCGGGUAUGCUGUUGCAAGCCCUGAAGAAGGAACAAGCCAAACCCGCAGACCAGAUCGCACAGAAGAGAAGGACAGUGGGAAAGAAGUUGGCCUUGACAGAGUACUGA